GGCGAGUUUAAAGAGUCCCAGUCGGAGGGUUGCAGGGAAAACAGUCAGCGUCUUCACGUCCACUCCUCUGCACUAUACACAUCUCAUCUCUAGCGGAAGAGAUGCCCAGAGACAGCAUGCCACUGCAGGAACUGCCCUGCCUGAGUCUGGUUCAGGGCUCCAUGUUGUCUCAGCCCAAGAGGAUCAACAAACGCAAGUCCAGAGGCUGUCUCAGCGAGGGCCUGGACACUGAAUGCACCCCGACAGAGCUCAUCCAGCAGUGGUCACCGAGCCACAAGCACCAGCGGCUCAUCGGCAAGGGGAAGGAGAAUGACGGGGAACAGUUUGUCCUCGCCAGGAGAUCGAGGAGGAAAAAAGAGCCCACAUCAGGCAUUUCAUGGGACCAGCUACCUGACGAGCUGCUCCUCAGGAUUCUCUUCUACCUCCCCCUGCAGGACCUCCUCAGGAUGUCCGUAGUUUGCAAGCGCUGGCAUCGCUUGGCGUUUGAUGAGUCUCUGUGGCGCAGUGUGGAUCUGGAGGGGCUGACCCACAUGGGUCCAGCUCUGCAGCAGGUGCUGAAGACCAGAGUCCGCAGGCUGCGCUGCCCACGCUCCUUCGUGGAAGAGCUGCAUUUCACUGGCGAAGGCCCACUGCAGAUAGUUGAGAUGGAUCUGUCCAGCUCCAUCAUCCCCACCUCGGCUCUGGAGAGCAUCAUCUGUCGCUGCAGGCUGCUGGAGUAUCUGAGCCUGGAGGGUCUGCAGCUCUCAGACACUAUCAUCAACUCUCUGUCCGAGAACACAAACCUGCUGCAGCUCAACCUGAGCGGCUGCUCUGGUUUCUCUGCUCCCGCUCUGGCCGAGAUGCUCCAGUCCUGCUCCAGGAUAGAGCAGCUGAACAUCUCAUGGUGCGACUUCAACAAUAAUCAUGUGAAGAGUGUUGUUGAGAAUGUGAGCUGCAGCGUCGCUCACCUCAACCUCAGUGGUUACAGAGAGAGCCUCACGCUUGACGAUGUGAAGGAGCUGGUGACGAGAUGCCCCCUUAUUAAAACUCUAGAUUUAAGUGACAGCACCCUGCUGAUGGCCGACAGCUUCCCCGUCCUCAAACAGCUCAAGUAUCUGCUGCACCUGUCCCUAAGCCGCUGCUACCACAUUCACCUCGCCGCCCUCACUGAGCUGGAUAAGAUGUUCCCCACGCUGUGCCUGCUGGACGUGUUCGGCGUCGUACAGAACAGCCACCUGCCCUCUCUGAAGAAGGAGAUGCCUCACGUCUCCAUCAACUCCAGGCCGUUCUCCAGCAUCGCCCGGCCCACGCCCGCCAGCAGGUUCAUCGGCUCCCUCAGCGACCGCACCAUGUGGAACAGGAGGUGUCGACUGAGGUUCCAGCUGUAACUGCUGCGCCUCCCUCGUGUUUUAAGCUAAGUUAGUUUGUCGCCCAGUGUUUGAUCCUGCAGUAUUCCAACACGUACAGGGAGUCAGGCCCACUGUGCAGUGAUGGAGCCAUGUUUCAGAGUUUGUUGCUGCUACAGACGAUGCUUUUAGUGUAGGCUGACAUUGACGGUACUAAAGGUCACAUACUGGACCAAGCCUUUAAAGUAGCAACCUCGAAGAUUUUCAUUUUAAUGUCUGUUAAAUCACUGUCUCUGAAUGAGGUAACACAAUGGUGAUUGAGCCUAACAAUAUUUAUAUAUUUGCAGUAUUACAAACUGG